AAAUUUAGAUGAGGUGCUCAUGCUCGCGCCAGAGAGAGGAUCAGGAUCCGGUAAGUUACGCGGCAGCGAGUUAUCGGCUAUAACUCUUCUUCUUCCGGUAUAACUCUUCUUCUUCCGGUCACUGUUCCUUUCCCUGUUCUCGGAUUGAAGGUCAGCCACGGGUCUCUCGCUGGACUCGCGAACUGGUACACAAAAUGCUGCAACACCAACUGGUUCAAUCCCCAGCAAGGUUAGGCCUGACGAACCCUAAUUCCCCCUCAAUCCCAAACCCGACCCCUCCAAAACUCGCUCCUCCGCAGACCCACCAAUCCCAGGAUCGAGACAACAGUUCAACGUCAACCCCUUCUUCGGCACUCCUCACUCUUCUCCCACCACUCCCCAGAGCGCAAGCACUCAUUCUCCAAAUGUCUUCUCUCACUUCCAAACUCUUCCAAGUUUCCCCCAAUCGUUCCCUUUGGCUCACUGCAUUCCGUGGUUCCCUCCCAACCUUUCUCUCUUCCCAAACCCAAACCUCUCUUGACGCUUCCCCUUCCUCCGCCAAAGAAAUCAUUUCCCUCUUCAACAUUCUCCAAACCCAAAUCUUCGAAGCCGUAGCCGAACUCCAAGAGAUUCUCGACCUUCAAAACGCCAAACAGAAAAUUGACAGUGAAAUUCGCUCUCUAGAUUCCACGCUCCUCGCAUUUUCCAACAAACUCAAAGGUGCGGAGCGCUGCCUCGACAUCCUCGUCGAUGACUACUCUGAUUAUCGCUGCUCCAAGCGGUUGAAAUCCGGUGACGAUGGCCAAGGCGAGUCCAUGACUUCUUCAACCGUCUCGUCGCGGUUGAAGCUGUCCGAUAUUUUGUCCUACGCUCAUCGGAUAAGUUACACGACCUUCGCCCCGCCGGAAUUUGGAUCCGGACAAGCUCCUCUCCGCGGCGCGCUGCCGCCGGCACCGCAGGAAGAGCAGAUGAGAGUUUCGCAGUUGUAUAGUUUUGCGGACCUUGAUGUUGGAUUGCCUAAAGAAGUGGAAUCUAAGGAGAAGAUUGUUGAAGCUAUUGUGGAGCCUCCGCCUCUGCAGCCGCCAGUGGAUGCCAAUCCACUUGCAAAUUUGUCCUCGAUUCAAGGGCUGCUACCUCCGAAUUUCACGGUGCCAGCUGGUUGGAAGCCGGGAAUGCCUGUGCAAUUGCCUACUGAUUUGCCGAUUAAGCCUCCGCCUGGAUGGAAACCUGGGGAUCCUGUACCGUUGCCUCCCAUGGACUCGCUUCAGGUUCCGAGAUUUGCAGAGCAACAAUUGCAGCCUCACAUUCCGCAGCCCAAGCAACCAGAGGUUAUUCAAGUGCAGCCUGUUAAUUUGGACCUCGGAGGAAGUGAUAGUAGUGAUUAUAGCAGCGACGAUGCCAGCUCUGAUGAUGAAGACUGAGGAAUCUGUGAAAUUGAUCAUCUCAAAUUGAUUACUGCAUAGGUACCAAAAGAAGGUUGCUUAUGACAGUAGAAUGGACCAGACAUAACAAGGCAGUAACCCACUUGAUCAUUUAUCCUUGUAUCAUAUAUAUAGGUUGAGCAAAGAAGGAAAGAAGCACUUUCUGGAGCAGGUGAAGAUGGACCAGCAGCAUUAGAGAGUUAUUUGCAAGAUUUUGUAUCACGAUUCAGUUUCAAGGAUCUGUGGCCAUGCUCCUCUAAUGAGCAUGAUCAUUUAUCAUGGCAAGAGGUGCCAGUCAUUUGUAUAUUUUUGAAGAGAUGCAUAACAUAUCACAUAAUGUUGUCAAGAACCAACUCUCCCAAAAGCUCAAGUUGUUAGAUGAACACUCAUGAAUGGUUUUAUAUCUACUAUGGUUCAUCAGGGAUUUUUGAGCUUGAAGUUUAUACAAUAUAUUUGAAAACAGGGUCUAACUUUCUCCUAAAAGCUGAUUUGUAAGGUGAGGAUUGCCUUAGAGUCCAUUUGGAUACACAACUUAAGGGCUUAUUCGAUAAGUUUUUUUAAACGAUGGUUUAUUGUAUACUGUGAAGCUUAUUGAAAUAAACUGAAAAGAGCUCAUGAAAGUCAUAAGUUGUUUUCAUAAGCCGUUUGUGGUGGUUGCGUGGCUGUUUUGGGUUUAUGUGGUCUGACUGUGGAUGUGGAGGGUGUAAGGAGCCAAUUGUAAGGAAUGGGACUCAAGUCCCAAAUUGGAAGUGUGGAAUUUCUAAUGUGGGGUUCUAAGGUUCUUAUUAAUUGGAAUUAGUCUUCCACCAUGUCUCUUAUAUGCAUCGAUGGACCUUAUAUACAAGGUGCAUAUUUAUGCACUUCAUGUGAAGUGACCAUUUUGUGUAAGAUACUGGUUUCUGACAGGUUAUCAUCUUAGGCAUCUUUCAAGUUUCACCAGAGUGGGGAAGUGCAUCUUAAUAUUGUUCAGUAUUCUGAAACUUCUGGCUUAUGGUGGCACUUGCAAAUUGCCUACCAAGGGGUAUUGCUGGUGUGAAUUGAACCUAGGCUUUAAAUGCUUCAGUCCCUGCAAAUUGAAACAAACAACCCCUGUAGUCCCCAUUUCUCUACUCUACAUUACUAAUUCACAUGAUCAUCAUGAAUCAUUAUAUCUAUUGAAUCAUAAGAUUGAAAGACAAAAUGAAGAGUAACUUGAAAUAUAUCAUAUCAAUGAUGUAUGUUGUUCAAUGUAAUAAUUUUAAAUAAGAUAUUCACAAAGCAACUUAAUUAUUUGUCACAAAAACACAAAUCAUAUGCCAUGAAUGACUGUAUGAAGUGAAGCCUCUAUUUUACAAAAUUGGAAACAGAGCUAUGAAACAACCAGAUAGUGUAUGGUAUGAAUGAGUUAAAGCGUGAAGUCACUAUUUCUGACGAAUGAAUGAAAACAGAACAAGUAAGGCAAUCUACUUCUGACCACCUGUAAUUUGUUGAAAGUGCCUACAUGCCAUUACUGUAAUUUUAGAUUGCCCAUAGUUAACCCCUAUAUCCUGAGUGCUUUUGUGCUUAUAUUAGUGUCUUGUAAAAUAAUUCUAUUUUCAUUUCUAUCUCUUCAGUGGCUUGCCAAAAAUAUCAAUAAGAAAGUUUAGAAGUUUGCUGAUAUAUUCAUUCUAAUGCUUAGUUUCUCAGUUUUUAUUAUGUGGUGAACGCUACACUAUUAGUGCAGAUAAGGCAUCUAUGGCAAGCAUUUCUACUACGUCAUCAAAAGUUUUUUAUCCUGAUACUUCAAAGAUGGCGAUAUAUGAUCCCAAGCAUAAUCCUGGGGAAGAGGAUGAUGAUACUACAACACUCCAGAGCCAACCACUUCCACGAGAUGCUUUCCAGAUACGACAGUAUCAGAAAGCUCGAGCUAGUAGUGCUUCACAAACAGGAUCAAUUUCAUAUGGAAGUGCAUUUUCUGAUGAUUUAUCUGGUAGCACUGGUUGGUAAAAUAUUUAAGCCACUUCUUGGAUGUCUACGUAAAUUAAAUUACCUUCUUUGAGCUCAUAUACCAUUAUCCUUUCCUAUCUAUUUACCUAUAGCCUUGUAGAUAAUUUAAGCACUACAUUUGCAAGUAUGGAGGGUAAUAAAUUAUUUUUUAUAGCUCUCAUCUAAAGACUUGUUGAAUAUCAUGUUUCUUAAAAAUAUUUGGUGAUGCCAAAGGACUGUCCCGGACAAUCUUUGCAUGAGUAUAGCCUCAGCCCUUAUCCCUGUCUGAUAGGAUAAUAUAUCAAAGGAAUCUUGAUGCAUGGGAAGAACCAUACUUGUUUCUAAAGUGUCACAGACUUUUUUUUUUUUUUUUUUUUGCUAUGAAUUCUUGGGAAGG